AUAGAGAAAGGUUUUAGUGGAAGAACAUACAUUAGCAUCUGGGGCUGCAGACAUGGAGAGGUCCAGCGGCAAACGUUUUUGUUGUAGACGGGUGUGCCACAGGGUUCCUGUGGCACACAGAGAGGAACUGUACCACAUCCUGAAGAUGACAGGUCCUCUGCUGCUCUCUCGAAUCCUCAAUUACAUGCUUCCGUUUGUGGUUACAAUGUUCUGUGGCCGUCUGGGAAAUGACGUGAUGGCUGGCUAUGGAUUAGCUUCUGCUACAAUUAAUAUUACCACUGCAGCAACAGGAUUUGGUCUGGGACUGGCAUGUGAUACUUUGGUGUCUCAGACUUUUGGUGCUAAAAAUCUACUCCGGGUGGGCGUGAUCCUUCAGCGGGGCAUAAUCAUCCUCUUGUUGUUCUGUCUGCCUUGCUGGGGUCUCCUCAUUAAUGCUCAGGCCAUCCUAUUAUGUGUGGGCCAGAACCCUGAGGUGGCCAGAAUAGCCCAGCUGUAUAUCACUGCCUUCCUGCCUGCUGUGCCAGCAAUGUUUCUACAUCAUCUUCAGGUGUCUUACCUGCAGAACCAGGGAAUCAUACUGCCACAAAUGUAUAGUGCUGCUCUGGCAAACAUUGCAAAUGUGGUGACAAACUAUAUUUUUAUUCACUGGCUGGAUCUGGGUGUUAGUGGCUCUGCAGCUGCAAAUACUCUGUCUCAGAUUUACAUCUGUACUUUUCUGUUUGCUUACAUUUUGUGGAAGAGGCUUCAUGUAACAACAUGGGGAGGCUGGUCUGUGGAAUCACUGCAGGACUGGGGCUCCUACAUGAAGCUGGCUAUUCCCAGUACAUUAAUGAAAUGCUUUGAGUGGUGGGUUUAUGAGUUUGGGGGAUUCUUUGCAGGAAUGCUGAGUGGAAAUGAGCUGGCAGCCCAGCACGCUGUCAUGAUGGUGACUGUCAUAACAUAUAUGUUCCCUCUUGGUAUUCAAGCUGCGGCAUGUGCCCGGGUGGGUAAUGCUCUUGGUGCAGGAGACACCGGCAGAGCACUCCUAACUAGCAAGAUGUCCCUUACUCUUGCAGGUAGCAUUGCAGUUGUAGAAGGCCUUGUCCUUGGCUCCGUCAAAACAGUGAUUGGCUUCAUCUUCACGUCAGAUGAGAAGAUCAUAGGUCUGGUCUCACAGCUGAUGAAUGCUUACUGUUUCCUUCAGUUCUUUGAUGGUCUCGUGGUGAGUUUUAGUUACACUUGGCAGCGCGUGUAUGCUCCUAAAAGCAUGACAAGUAAAUCUAAUAUAAAGUUUAUCUCUGUUUCAUCCAAGUGUGUGUGCACGGGCAUUUUCUUAGGCACAGGGAAACAGAAGAUUCCAGCUGUGGCUAAUUUCAUUGGAUACUACUGCAUAGGGCUUUCUCUAAGUAUCACGUUGACAUUCGUUGCAAAACUAAGAGUGUUGGGUUUCUGGCUUGGACUGCUUGUUUGUGUCAUUUUACAAUCUACCUUCUACAUUAUUGUCAUCUUUAAGCUGAACUGGGAACAAAUCACUGAGGAGGCUGUGAAACGGGCUCAGAAAAAUCCUUCGAUAUUAGGAAGAGCUCCCGUGACAGGCACUGUGGAUAACAGCACCCAAGAUCAAACAUCAAGUAAUCUGAUGGAUGGCUAUAUGUCUGUGAGCACUGAGUGCCAAGACAGGGGCACUGUGGUGCAGGAUCGAGAUGUGACACAGAAGCUGAAGGGCAGCCGCCUCUCCAUCACCCAACUGAUCCUCAGGCGAGGCCUCAUUAUGUUUGCUGCAGUUGCACUUCUUGCUGUGGGAGCAGGUGUUCACUUCCUUGUGCCUUUGCCCGAGACCAACUCUACUGUGGACUCGAUCAACACUACAUAUACUCCUGAUCAAAUUUUCUCCACCAUGUUGGUGCCAGAUGAAGAGUCAGAGUGAACAAUAGAUAACUGC